CGCCGUCACAUCGUGGGGGAGGAUACUUACCGCUCCAACGACCGCUCACCUUGUCAAACAUUCCAUCUUCACCCUUCGUCCUCUGUCCGCUCAAAAAUACGAUUGACCGACUUCCCCCCUUAACCACCGUCCCCGGCCGAGCUCACGAAGCGGGGCCCAAUAUCACACCCCCACCAUGCCGCCCUACACGGCUGCGCAGAAGCAGACCAUCGCGCAAUUUGUCGCGCUGACUGAUACUAAGGACCCGGUUGCUGCCAAAUUCUUGAAGGGUGCAUCAUGGCACCUUGAACGAGCUGUUGACGCAUAUUUUGCCAGCCCCCAGUCCGAUGCUAGUCCAGUAGUCCUCCAGUCUUUAGGUCGCCUCUUCGAUGAGUACCGAGACAAUGUCAAGGACAGCCCUAACAGCAUUGGCAUCGAAGGAGCCAUGAAGUAUUUCAACGAUAUCAACGUCCAACUAGACGAAGUCACCUGUCUCGGAAUCAUGGAGCUAUGCAAGUGCGAAGCAAUGGGCGAAUUCAACCGCGAAGGAUUCGUGGACGGCUGGCGAGGAGUACAAUGCGACACAAUACCCAGAAUGGCCACCUACGCCUCCACCCUCCGCACCAAAAUCCCCACAAACCCCGAUCUCUUCCGCCGCAUCUACCGCUACGCCUUCCCAAUCUCCCGCAUGCAAGGCCAACGCAACCUCCCCUUCGACCUCGCCGCCGAACAAUGGCGACUCUUCUUCACCGCCGACCGGGGCGGUAUUCCCUGGAGCACGGCCAGCACGCCCUGGCUCGAGUGGUGGCUCGAGUUUCUGGAGGAACGGGGCAAGAAGCCCGUCAACAAGGAUUUGUGGGAACAGGUGGAAGUCUUUAUGCGGAAGACAAGGGAGGACGAGGCCUUUGGGUGGUGGAGUGUUGAUGGAGCGUGGCCGGGGGCAUUGGAUGAUUUUGUGGCGUUUGUGCAGGGGAAGAGGGGGGAUGGGAGUGCGAUGGAGCUUUAGGGUGAUGUAGAAGGAGUUGGCAAAACGUCCCUCUUUUCCAUUGUGAAGGGGGAUGGGAAGGAAGUAGCCAGAGCCUGAGAAAUUCUACAUAUCAUGAACUACCUCUCAAACUUUUUUUUGAAGAUCUUGUAUUGUAGAUUCUCGAUUUCUACAAUACUCGGAUAGACAGGAGACACGGCUACAUAAUAUGCACGUCAAGAAAGCCAGCAUAUAUACCUCGUCUCUGAAAAUUAAAGAAACAAGUCUUUAUCUUCGUUGUAUAUGGGAAGGAUAUUCGUCGUAAGAUUGGAGGGGGAAAUAAGCAUCAAGGAAGAAGAAAAUAUCAGGCACAAAGUGUGUACAUGGAUGGAAAGGGAGGUUUCAACACCAGGGAAGCAUCAAAGGGUAAAAAGGAAAAAGGAUGAGAUACAAAAGAGAAAAACUAAAGGGUAAUCGGGUAAAUCGGCCUGCAGAUGGGAUCGUCGUGGGCGGGUCAUAGCGGAGGUCGGUGCGUUUCUCGAACGCGUUGUUUAUAUCGUGAUUGCCUCUGCUUUAUCUCGAUUCUUGCCAUCUCUGCAGGUUCGCAGACUCGGUCCCAUUUAAGGGUAGUCGCGCUUCUCGUACUCGCCACCGGGGCCGCGGCGCUGGUCAUAGCGCUGUGAAUUGUUGUUAGUAUAGGCGCGCGCCCCAUGUCAACGCGAUUCGCGGGUAGUAGUACGUACCUUGCGCAGGGCUUCGAGACGCUUCUUCUUGGUGUGGGUGUUGACAUAGGUUCCGAUGAAGAAACCGAUGAUGUUGAAGAAGGGCACCCAGGUGUGCUCGGGCAGGAACUUCUGGGCAAAGGCCAGAGCCAGAGGCGAGGUGAUCCAGCUGACCUUCAUGACGGGCAGGAAGCCGGCCUUGACGGUAGCGCGAACCUGGUGGAAGGUGCGCGCGCCAGCAAUGACAGCCAUCGAGGUCAGGUAGACGCUGUUCUGGAUGGGGGAGAU